AUGUCUAUCGUUCCUGCUGGUAUCGAAAUGCGAAGAAAUGCUAUGUAUAAUCUCACGGAUGUUUCGACCCCUGGCGAUGACGUAUAUGUUCCGCAGCAAACCAAAUGCACGUGGGAAGUAGCCUUUAGGUAUAUCUCACGGAUGUAUCGACCCCUGGCGAUGACAUGGGUAGCACAACGCCAGACAACCGAAGAAGAAGACCUGGUUUACUGCCUGUUAGGCCUCUGCGAGGUGUCUAUGCCACCAAUCUAUGGCGAGGGAAAGGAGGUCGCACUGAAAAGGCUCGAAAUGACAGUCAAGGGGUUCUCCACUAACGAGAGCGAGCCGAAAGAUCUUAAAGAUAAUACCGCUUCAUUUAUUGUCCCAUUCGGCAGAAAUCUCAACUUUAUCGGUCGUGGAACACAGCUUACCGAGGUGGAAGCAAAACUAUUUACAGGAGGUCGAAUGACAAAAGUUGCCAUCACAGGGCUCGGGGGAAUAGGCAAGACCCAGCUGUUGCUUGAACUUGUCUAUCGAAUAAGGGAUAGAUAUAAGGAUUGCUUAGUGAUCUGGAUACCCGCAACCAAUACGGAAAGUCUUCAUCAAGCAUAUCGAGAAGUUGCCCGCCAACUCAAGAUCCCUGGCUCGGACGAGGAUAAGGCUGAUGGCAAAGAAACUUGGUGCAAAAUUAUCUGA